CUUCCAGGCAUUAGUAAAUGUUGUGUGUUUCAUUUCUCUCCAGGCCUCAUACAUGUUAUAAAUAGCAGCUCUUAUGUUGUAGUUUUUUAUGUUAGCCAACGUUCUCUUGCCUCUAGUAUCCUCAACUGCACCAUCCUCUGUCUCCAGCACAACCAACACGUCAUCCAGCCUGAGUGUUUCUUGCCUCACCUGUCACAGCCAGAUUGCGGAUGCCAUGGCGCCUGCGGAAGCGCCAGAGCCACCCAUCACUGGCCUUGAACUCAAUACCCAUGUGGGCAGCAAGCUUAGCAGCACUAGCGGCCAACUCCACUCCCCUCACUUCCACCCCACAUGCACGCUCCUGGGUAUACCACUUGUACACUGCCAAAUCAAGUUCAACACAUUUCGGGUCUUUCAUAUGCUUUCUAGUUGCAUCACCCUUUCCCGACACAGCAAAUUUAACUGCAUAAUUUUCUAAC